UGAAACAUAGAAUUUUAAUAGUUAAAACACAUACAUUUUUACAUCAGAAUAUAGUACAUGAGAUCUCUCUAUAAAUAUUUAAUUGAAAUAAAUACAACAGUGAAAUUAGACCAUUGAAUACAGCAGUCAAAAUAGACUGUAUAGCAUGCACCCCGCGCGGUACGUACUCACACAUGGGACAUGCCGUUCAACUCUGCUUUUCCUCCCCCGGAUGUCCGGUGUGAUGGAGCACCUGUUUUUUCCCUCUGACUCAGGGAACCUGGUGGAUGCAUUUUUUUUUCCAAUUUUCUCCCCCAUAAAUACAAGGCCAAAUUUUAGCAGAGCAACUACAAUCCGAAAAAGGAACUGGCACAAUGACCAGGCCAAAUCUUGUGUUUCCAGUCAUAGCAACAACAUGGUGCCUUCUGUUACUCCAAGCAGGCUCCUCCUCCCCUCCUCCUCAAACUGCACCUGCACCUGCACUUCCACCAAGCAAUCCCUGCAUCGCCCGCGAGCGGGACGCUCUGCUUGACCUCAAAGCAGGACUCCAAGAUCCCAGCAACUACCUGGCAUCCUGGCAAGGCGACAACUGCUGCGACGAAUGGGAAGGCGUCGUAUGCAGCAAGCGAAACGGCCAUGUCGCGACGCUUACGCUCGAGUACGCUGGAAUCGGAGGUAAGAUAAGCCCAUCCCUGCUUGCUCUACGGCAUCUCAAGUCCAUGAGCCUUGCUGGCAAUGACUUCGGAGGUGAGCCGAUCCCGGAGCUCUUCGGUGAACUCAAGAGCAUGCGGCAUCUCACCCUCGGUGAUGCCAACUUCAGUGGGCUGGUUCCUCCUCAUCUCGGCAACCUCUCCAGGUUGAUCGAUCUGGAUCUCACAAGCUACAAGGGUCCAGGACUCUACUCGACGAAUCUUGCGUGGUUGUCACGCUUGGCAAACCUACAGCAUCUCUACUUGGGCGGCGUGAACCUCAGCACAGCAUUCGACUGGGCUCACUCUCUCAACAUGCUUCCAUCUCUACAGCACUUGAGCCUUCGCAACUGUGGCCUACGCAACGCUAUCCCUCCUCCGCUACACAUGAACCUUACAUCUCUGGAGGUAAUUGACCUAAGUGGUAACCCCUUCCACUCACCUGUUGCAGUCGAAAAACUCUUUUGGCCAUUUUGGGAUUUUCCUAGACUUGAAACAAUUUAUCUAGAAAGUUGUGGGCUUCAGGGUAUCCUCCCCGAGUAUAUGGGAAAUUCCACAUCCCUUGUAAAUUUGGGCCUUAACUUCAACGAUCUCACAGGGCUGCCAACCACAUUCAAGAGACUAAGCAACUUGAAGUUUCUGUACCUUGCACAGAAUAAUAUCAGUGGUGACAUAGAAAAAUUGUUAGAUAAAUUGCCUGAUAAUGGAUUGUACGUACUAGAAUUGUACGGGAACAAUUUAGAGGGAAGCUUGCCAGCUCAAAAGGGACGAUUGGGAAGUCUUUAUAACCUUCGUAUCAGUGAUAACAAAAUCUCAGGAGAUAUACCACUUUGGAUUGGAGAACUCACAAACCUCACAAGUCUAGAGCUUGAUUCCAACAACUUCCAUGGCGUGAUUACACAAUUCCACUUGGCUAAUCUAGCUAGUUUGAAAAUUCUAGGGUUAUCCCAUAACACUCUAGCAAUAGUGGCUGACCAUAAUUGGGUUCCUCCUUUCAAACUGAUGAUAGCCGGUUUAAAAUCUUGUGGACUAGGGCCUAAAUUCCCAGGAUGGCUAAGGUCUCAAGAUACGAUUACUAUGAUGGAUAUUUCAAAUACAAGCAUAGCUGAUUCUAUACCUGAUUGGUUCUGGACCACAUUCUCCAACACUAGAUAUUUUGUUCUAUCAGGAAAUCAGAUUAGUGGAGUGCUACCAGCAAUGAUGAACGAAAAAAUGGUAGCCGAAGUAAUGGAUUUCAGUAACAACCUUCUGGAAGGUCAAUUACAAAAGGUUCCAGAAAAUUUAACAUACCUUGACCUCUCAAAAAAUAAUCUAUCAGGGCCACUACCACUUGAUUUUGGAGCUCCAUUUCUAGAGUCCCUUAUUCUCUUCGAAAAUUCAUUGUCUGGUAAAAUUCCACAAUCUUUUUGUCAACUGAAGUAUCUAGAAUUUGUAGACCUAUCUGCAAAUCUACUACAAGGGCCAUUUCCCAAUUGUUUGAAUAUCUCACAAGCAGGCAACACGUCAAGGGCCGACCUGCUAGGUGUUCACCAAAACAUCAUUAUGUUGAACUUAAAUGACAAUAAUCUUUCUGGAAUGUUCCCUUUAUUUCUCCAAAAGUGCCAAAACCUAAUAUUUCUUGAUCUCGCAUUUAAUCGAUUUUCUGGGAGCUUACCAGCAUGGAUAGAUGAGUUGUCAGCGUUAGCACUUUUUACGGUUACGAUCAAAUAUGUUCACCGGUGAAAUCCCUCCCCAGCUUACCAAGAUGAAGGAGCUUCAGUAUCUGGACCUAGCUUAUAACAGCUUCUCAGGGGCAAUACCAUGGUCACUAGUGAAUUUGACGGCAAUGUCCCACAGGCCUGCUGACAAUGAUUCACUUUCAUAUAUUGUCUAUUACGGAUGGUCACUCUCGACGUCAAAUGUUAGAGUAAUUAUGUUGGCUAAUCUUGGACCAUACAAUUUUGAAGAAUCUGGACCUGACUUCAGCCACAUUACUAGUGCCACUAAUGAGAGUUUGUUGGUUGUCACCAAAGGGCAACAGCUUGAAUUUAGAAGCGGAAUCAUUUAUAUGGUAAAUAUUGAUCUGUCCUGCAACAAUUUAACAGGCCAUAUUCCUGAGGAUAUUAGCAUGCUCACUGCACUGAAAAACUUGAACCUAUCUUGGAAUCAUCUAAGCGGGGUAAUACCAACAAACAUUGGAGCACUACAAUCAAUAGAAUCUUUGGACCUGUCACACAAUGAACUUUUUGGCCAAAUUCCUACAAGUUUAUCAGCCCCUGCGUCACUGAGCCACUUGAAUUUGUCCUAUAACAAUUUGUCAGGACAAAUACCUUAUGGUAAUCAGCUACGAACACUUGAUGAUCAGGCAUCUAUAUAUAUCGGCAAUCCGGGACUUUGUGGCCCACCACUCUCAAGGAAUUGUUCGGAAUCGUCGAAAUUACUGCCAGACGCCGUUGAUGAAGACAAAAGUUUGAGCGAUGGGGUUUUCCUGUACCUUGGCAUGGGCAUAGGAUGGGUAGUUGGUCUCUGGGUUGUCUUAUGCACCUUCUUGUUCAUGCAGAGAUGGAGAAUCAUUUGUUUCUUGGUUUCUGACCGCUUGUACGACCGGAUUCGGGCUUCCUUCACAAAACAAUCUGGUAGAAACUGAGAUUAGAUGAGCUAGUACUUUCUUUAUUGUUCAUGUACCACAGUGCACACGCAUUUUAGCUCUACUCUGUACUAGCCACUGUUGCUCUUGUGCUAUUAGCCUAUUAUUAUAUUUGGAUGGAUGUAUACAAUUGAUUCUACAGUCCACAACUCUAUGUACAAUACAUGAAUAUGAAUAAAGAUGGGAAUUGCUUAAAAA